AUGGCUGUGUCAUCCCCCAUUCUUGUUGGUUUUGGGUUAGUUGCUUCUGGCUCCGAUUCUCAAUCCGAUUCUGGCUCCGAUUCUCAAUCCUACCAUCGCUAUGAAGAUGUUUAUGUCAAUAAUACCACCGUCCGUGGCACACUCGGGUUUCUUGCCCCUGAGUAUAUCCACUCAGGAAAGUGCACACUGAAGAAUGAUGUCUUUACAUACGGGACAAUGCUUCUAGAGCUCAUGUCGGGAAAGACAAUUUCAGAACUUAAUUUGUUGGCGCAUGAUGAUCUCUGGUUGGAGGAAUGGAUUGGUGAUCUUAUGAACAAGAACGAGUUGGGAAGGGUGAUGGAUCCCAAUUUGCAGGGGAACUACUUGGAGGAAGAAGCAGAGAAACUACUCCGAUUGGCAUUGUUGUGCUUACAUGGGGAUCCAUCCAUUCGACCAGAGGUGUCUGAAGUGGUCUGA